UAUUCUGCUAUAGAGGUGAAUGCUUAGUUCUUGCUUUUGCAGUGGGCUAAUCUCAUCUGCAUUACUCAAUACCAAUGGCGUCUUCUGCUACCUUUAGUACUUUGGUUCUCUCUUCUUCUUUCGCCACUCAAUGCAACGUUGCAAAUCGUCACCACCAAAGUUGUUUUCUUUCUUCUCCUCCCAAAAUUCCCAUCUUCUCUAUCCCUAAACCCGUUUCUUUGAAGCUCACUUCUCUCCUCUCCAAAACACCCACAUUUUUUACAAUCCCCAAAUCUUCUGAAUCCGACGCUGCCGUUGUCGAUGUUGAACCUGAUAACGUCGAGCCCGAACCAGAACCCGAAGCAGCACCAGAACCGGAACCGGAACCAGCUUCGGUUGUUGAGGCUUCCAAGGAAGAACCCAAAAGGGAAGAGAUUUUUGCUGUUGUUAUGAUUGGGGGUCGCCAAUACAUUGUUUUCCCUGGAAGAUAUCUCUACACCCAGAGACUGAAAGGUGCAAAUGUCAACGAUAAGAUUGUUCUAAACAAGGUAUUACUUGUGGGAACAAAAACAACUACAUAUAUCGGAAAACCUGUGGUAACUAAUGCUGCUGUACAUGCUGUUGUUGAGGAGCAGGGACUAAACCCAAAAGUAGUUGUCUUCAAAUAUAAGAAGAAGAAAAAUUAUCGGAGAAAUAUUGGUCAUCGACAGCCAAAUACUCGGAUAAGGAUAACAGGCAUCACAGGCUACCAAGACUAUCCGGCUGUCACACUCGAGUCCUAAGAUUCCUUGUGGAGGAUUGGAUGAUAAGGAGCCUUAACUUAUGAAUGUAUCAUGGAGUUCCUUUCCUCCUCUUCAUUUUGUAUGUAUUUGGAGUUGGCUUGAAGAUUGAUAUAACUCUAACAAAUCAGCAUUAAUUGUCAAAAUGAUUAUUUUAUGAAAUUUUGAUUACCAACCA